CACAUCUCUGUCAGUGCCAUUCCGGUCGAUAAGGUUUUCAGCAUGGAUCUAUUCUCCGAUUCUGAAUCCAGCGGGGAUCGAGUGGACAUCGUUGAACAAUACAGCGAUGACGAGAAUGAUGCAGGAUUACAAAUCAACAAAGAAUACGCCCAACGCUUUCAGCAUAACAAAGAACGUGCUGACUUGCAUAGACUAGAAGAACAACAUGGACAUGAGGAAGAUGAUAGUAGCAGUGACGAUGAAACAGAAGAUGAAGAAGGUGAUCAAAUGACUGCAGAUGUAGAUGCAGCCAUAUUAUCUACGUUGGCAAAGAUUAGAAGAAAGGAUGAAAGCAUUUAUCAAGCAGGAAAACGUAUUUUCGAUGAAGAACGAAAGAAUGCAGCAGAAUCAAAAUUACUGCCAAAAAGGGUGAUAGCAGGCAACGAUUCAGGCAAAAAGGUCACUUUGGCAAAUUAUCAAAGAGCAAGAAUUCAAGAAUUACUCAAAACCUCUGAUGAUCCCGCUAGAGCAUUGGCUGAUGCAACAAUGAUUGAGCGUAGGUCGGACGAGAGACCUGGUCAUGAUGACGAAGAGCCAGUACAAUCGCACAAUCAAGAGCAAGAGCAGCUAAGAAAAGAUGUAACCAAUGCAUUCCAUAGUAUCGUAGAUGGUGACGAAGAAGAAGAAUUCUUUACCAAAAAAGCAGAUGGAAAGCAUCUUGAGGAAGGGCCAGAAGAUGAUCCCGAGAAUUAUCGCAAAUACUUGCUGGACGUACUUGGAGGAAAAGAAGAUGAAAUUCGCGACAUCCUUCGAAGUCAAGCAGAAGAAGCAGCUGCGGGAGACAAUGUGCAGGGUGCAACAAGUGGAACAUCUGAACCUGUUCGGGAGCGCAAGCAUAUCAGUAUGCAUGAACAAGGCAAUGAACAAGAAAAUGAGGACUUCUUGGUAAACUACGUUCUCAAUCGCGGUUGGAUGGACAAUCCGCAAGCUGCGCCAAAGGUAUCACGAAAGGGCGGCAAGAAGGCAUCUGAGAAGGUUGAAGGAGAAGAAGGUGCUCAAAGUGACGCAGAGACGGAUGAUUCUUUCGAUUCAAGAGCGGAAGCCUUUGAAACCGCAUACAACUUCCGAUUCCAAGAGAUGGAAGAUAGUCAAAUGAAUCCACAAAUUCAAUCGUAUGCCCGUAUGAUCGAAGGCAGUGCAAGACGACAAGAAAACAAACGUAAACGUGAACGUGAAGAGAGAUCACUGCGCAAGGCUCAGGAGAAAGAAGCAAAACGAAAAGAAUUGGACAGAAUGCGUGAUUUGAAGAGAAAGUCUAUCGUAGAUCGACUAAAGACGUUGAAAGAAGCUACAGGAAGUACUGCUGUUAACUUUGAUCAAUUGGAUCUCAAUGCGGACUUUGAUCCUGACGAACAUGACAAGCUCAUGGCUCAAGCAUUCAAUGACGAUUAUUACGGCGAAGACGGUGAUUAUGAAGAGGACGAUGGCGAGAAGCCCACUUGGGAGGACGAUAUUGAUAUCUCAGAUAUUCUACGUGAACAAGAACAGCAUGAAGAGAUGAACAACCCCAAGUCCGCAAAGGCAAAGAAGGCUGAUAAAAGAAAGAGCAAGGCCAAAGAACCCAAAGCAUCUGCAUUUGUUGACGAAGACGGAGAUCGUAUUGUGAUGGACGCUGAUUAUGUCGAAGAUGCGGAGAAUAAUGAGAAUGCAGAUGGACAAUCUGGCAAAAAGCUAUCAAAAGCGGAAAAGAAGAAGCUCAAGAAGCGUGAAAAAGCAAAAGAACGUAAAGCCGAAGAAGAUAAUGAAGAUGACGAAGGCAUGGUUGUGGAUGCUGAUGAAAUGGAUGCUGACACUGCAAACGCAAAAGCGGACAAAGACGCACCCAAAGGGGAGGACCUCUCACAUUUGAGUCACCAAGAGAGAAAGAAAAAGAUGGAAGAAAUGAUGAAUGAUUAUUACGGCUUGGAGUAUGAAGAUAUGAUUGGUGACCAGCCUACACGAUUUAAAUACACAGAAGUUUCAAAGACUGAUUACGGUCUAACACCAGUCGAGAUUCUAUUGGCAGAUGAUGCAGAAUUAAACAAAGUUGUCAGCUUGAAGAACUUCCAACCAUACCGAAUGGGCAAUUCUAAACGUGCACCUGCCGAUCUCAAGAAUCGAUUGAGAGACUUCCGUAGAGGUCUCUAUAAGGGAAAGCGAAAAGAGAUGGCCGAACAAUUCGGUGGUUCAAUUUAUGGCAAUGGAGAAGGAACUGGUGCAAAUGCAAUCAAGCCAAAGAAAGCAGGUAAACGUGAGCGUGAACGUAAGAAAGCAGCUGCAAUGGCCGCAGCAGCAGCUUCAUCCUCGACAGCUGCCGCUUCAAAUGACGCAGAUGGCGAAGCAGGCACAGCAGAUGGAAAUGAUGUCGAGGUCAAGGAGAAAUCUGAGCGAAAGAAGAAGCGUGAUCGCGACGAAGACAAGCACGCUAGCGACCCUUCUCCUUCUGUUAAGAAAUCCAAGAAAGACAAAGAGGAGAAGACGCACAAAAAAGACAAGAAGAAGAAGAAGGAGAAGGAGGUAUGAGAAAAUGUCUAUUAGUAAUGUGUAAUAUUAUACAAUGAUC